AUGAUACUGAGACGCAGAACCGAAGCUCCGAACCCACAUUCAUUUGCUGAAGAAAUUUCCGAUUACGAUGAUGCUUGCUGCCAGAAAUGCGGGACUGGCGAUUUCCCAGCCAAAAUGCUUCUUUGUGACAAAUGCGAUAAGGGAUUUCACCUCUUUUGCCUCACACCCAUUCUCAUUUCUGUGCCUAAAGGCUCUUGGUUUUGCCCUUCUUGUUCAAAUCAUAAGAUACCCAAAUCAUUUCCUCUGGUUCAAACAAAAAUCGUUGAUUUCUUUCGGAUUCAAAGAACGCCGGAGUUAGCUCAGAAACUAAGCCAAGACAAUCUAAGAAAGCGAAAGCGAGUGACUAGUUUAGUGAUGUCAAAAAAGAGAAGAAAAUUAUUGCCAUUCAGUCCGACUGAUGAUCCCAAGAGGAGAUUGCAACAAAUGGCAUCACUGGCCACAGCUCUGAGAGCCUCUGGAACAGAAUUUAGUAAUGAGCUCAUCUAUGUUCCUGGCAUGGCACCACGGUCUGCAAAUCAAGCAGCUCUCGAGAAGGGAGGAAUGCAGGUAUUGUCGAAAGAAGAUACUGAAACCUUAAAUUUGUGCAAACUUAUGAUGAGCAAAGGGGAGUGCCCACCCCUCAUGGUUGUUUAUGAUCCUAAGGAAGGAUUCACUGUACAGGCAGAUAGAUUUAUAAAAGAUUUAACAAUGAUUACAGAAUAUGUUGGAGAUGUUGAUUACUUGAAGAAUCGUGAAAAUGAUGAUGGUGAUAGUACUAUGACCUUGCUUCAUGCGGCUAAUCCAUCUCAAAGCCUUGUCGUUUGCCCUUAUAAGCAUGGAAAUAUUGCCCGCUUUAUAAAUGGCAUCAAUAAUCACACAGCGGAGGGGAGAAAGAAGCAGAACCUAAAAUGUGUGAGGUACAAUGUCAAUGGCGAGUGCCGGGUGUUGCUGAUAGCUAACAGACAUAUAUCGAAGGGAGAAAGAUUGUAUUAUGAUUACAAUGGAUAUGAGCAUGAGUACCCAACUGAGCACUUUGUCUAACUUACGUUUCUGCUUUCCUUUUCCUUUUCCUGAUCCCACAC